AUGCGGACAACCACAGGAUCACUGCUUCUCGCAGCAGGAGCUGUCGCAUCGGCACAGUCGAGCUAUGGCAGCUCCGACUCGAGCUCUCCAUACCCUCCAUUCUCCGGCAACGCAUUCGAGAAGCUCACCAUCAGCGCGCAAGGCAUCAAUGCUUCCUUCAUCCCGUACGGAGCUCGCUUGACGGACCUCUAUGUGAACGACAAGAAUGGGCAGGCUCAGGAUGUGGCGGUGGGCUAUGAUGAGGGAUCGCAGUACCUGAUUGACAGCGAAACCAACCAUACUUUCUUCGGAGCUGUGGUGGGAAGAUAUGCGAACAGAAUCAAGAACGGCACAUUCACAAUCGACGGCGAGACUUCCCACAUCCCUACCAACGAGCACGGUGGCGCGAAUACACUGCACGGUGGCGACGUAGGCUAUGAUCAGCGCAACUGGACUGUUGUCUCGCACACGAACAACAGCAUCACCUUCUCCUUCUACGACGAUGCACUUGAAGGCUUCCCAGGCUCUGUCCUCAACGUCGGCACCUUCAGCGUGAACGACGAGCAAGAGUUCGUCUCUCGUCUCGUCUCCAUCCCAAUCGACGAAGCCACUCCAAUCAUGCUCUCGCACCACAUCUACUGGAACAUCGGCGCAUUCAUCGACGACGACGCCAUCACGAUCCUGAACGACACUCUUCAGCUCCCAUACGCCGACCGCUACAUCCAGACCGAUGGCAUCCUCGUACCGAAUGGCAGAAUUGGUGUCACCAAAGGAACUGGCCUCGACUUCCAAAAGCCCACCAUCAUCGGUGACAACAUCGAAAAGACCAACGGCUCAGACUUCUGCGGUACCGGCUGUGUCGGCAUCGACAACGCCUUCAUCAACGACCGCUCACCAUACGCCGGCCAAUACGAUCCCAACUUCAACGUCCUCCACACCUACUCCCCCAGCUCCGGCAUCCAGCUCGAUGUCUCGACCAACAUGAACGGUUUGCAGAUCUACACUUGCGUUGGACAGAAUGGCACGAUCCCGGUCAAGGCUAGCCAGAACCAUAUCGAGGGUCAGACCACGUUUGUGGAGAAGUUUGGAUGUAUUGUGAUUGAGACGCAGGAUUGGAUCGAUGGUAUCAACAACCCGCAAUGGGGCCGUGAUCAGUAUCAGGUCUUCACGCCUACGACGGAGCCGGCUGUUAACAUGGCCAAGUUCAAGUUCAGCGUCCCGGCGGCGUCGAAGCUUACACAGCAGUAG